CCAGCCUGAGCGCACGAGAACGGCGGUCAUAGGCGUGGACGACGAAGCGGAGGCCGCCUUCGGCACGGCAGCGGUGCGCCGGGCGCAUUUGGGCUGCCUCCCGCACGGCAGAGCUAGCGCUGGGGCGCUAUAAGGGCAGCAUGUCGGCCUCGGUCUACGCCCAGCCCGUGCCGCGGCCGAGAAGACGCCAGCCUUCCAUCAGGACCAAGGAGCCCCCUCUGCACCCCGCCGCCAUGCGCGCGAAGCUGGUCGAAAGCUCCCGCGGCCUCGCUACGCAAUCGGCCGCCGAGAUGCGCGCGAAAGGCUACGCCGACGAAGCGAGACGGAGGAACGUCUACACGGAACGCCGGCGGGCCAGUCGCGAGCGCAAGGAGUUCAAGAAGCAGUACGAGCCCGACGGCGUGAGGGCGUUGCGGGAAGUACCAGUAUGGCUCCCCGACAAAGACCAGGCUAAAAUAGAGGCGGAGCAAGAAGCCAAGCGGCAGUUCUACGAGCGGGAUUUACUGGACAUCCAUGGCAAAGUACCCGACAACUACUCGGAACAAUUCGCCAAGGACACCAUCACUAUUUUAGUGUACAAGACGGGCGAGCAAAAUAACAUACGGGAGAUCACCCAGACCUAUCUACGGAGGGAACCGGAAUCUGCGUGGGGAGAAUUUAUCCAUCAAAUAGAAAUGAUUUUGGGUUUGCAGAAGGUCGAUCAGAUCAAGCGGCAGCGGGAUGGUACUACUGUUAUGCGUAUAGCAUCUUUACGGGCGGGAGAAAGGUAUAUCGUGGAACCUUCGCAAGGAGACGCUCUACUCUCUACAAUAACGUGGGGUCAUGACGCGUCCUUGCAGCAAUUACGAAAUAGACCGCGGGCACCCUCUUCGUCGGGGUAUUCGAUGGAGGGAUUUAGUACUGGAUUUCAUAGGGUGGCUGAUGACGUGACUCAAGCGCAGAGACAUCUCAGGAAGGCUCUGCGCGAUGCGGAAGAAAAGGGCUGGGAGGCGGACCCCCACGAUCUGGAGGUGAUCCAGGAGGCCUUCCAAGAGAAAAAUGAACCUGUGGUGUUGCCCAAGGCUAAAACAAGAGCAGAAGUGAUCAGGAGGAUGAAACUCAAGGAAGACCGAGAACUGGCUGAGAAAGUGGUCAAGGAGGCCAUGUUAUACUUGGAGGAGUUCUACAGGGUGAAGAAGGAGCGCUUUCAAAAAUGUUCAGACGUGAAUAGGACUCCAUCUACGUACUUUGCUGCAUUGGAUGACGUCGAGGCCAUGAACGACGAAGUGUCGUCGGAACCCAUGUCUCGGGAUCUUAUAAGGGAUCUGUACCGGAAAUGCGCUCGGUAUAUAUGUAACCAUACAGUUGAUCCGAGUCAAGCGCUCGAAAUGUGGGAACUCGAGGCACCUUCACGGUUGUUGCGCUAUCUAGAUCCGGGCAAAGGUGCUAGAUUGCGCAACGGUCCCGGUGUGCUAGGUGAUGAUUUACAAUCACUACAAUAUUUCCUAUGUCUCAGCGCGAACAUGGCGUUCCACGGGGGCGUGUGUGGAAACAUACCCUUCGAGUGUGGUGGCUUGGUUUUGGCCUGUCGGUUGCUCCACGCGCGAUGUGUGGAGUUGAGAUUGAAGACGCGAGAUGCCGAUGAUGAAUUAAGAAAGACCGCGCCUCUGGCCAAUUUGGCGCCGCGGCCGCCUCCUUAUAAUUAUGAAGCGUUAGUUGAGGGCGAUAUUCCGUCAUCACAAGUCGACGAGUGCACGAUGCGCAUCGCGAAAUCUUCUCGCGCUCGAACGACGGAGGACGACGAACCACCCUCAGAGAUGGACCUUCGUAGAAUACAUUGGUGGGCUUUGUGCGUGUGUCUGAACACGUUACGAGGAGAUAGGCGACCUCAGGCGUUGGAGUUCUUGCUAGGACCGGCUAGACUACCGGAAGCGCUGUUGCAAACUUUUACGCGCUGGAAUCAAUUUCAUGGGAUGACGGUCAUGCUGGCCUGGGUGCUGCGGGAGCUCGCCAAGGAGUCGGAAGAGAUCAGGGAGAGGUUGAGGAAGAUGGGCUUCUUUACACUCGUGAAAGUCGCGCAGAAGAGGCAUAGCGAAGUGCACGCGACGCAUCGCGAAUUGCAACUUUGUGUGGAUUUACUGCGAGAUGAGGUGCGGGACCCGUUUCGCUUGCAGGAUAAAUUGGCGGAGGCCGUCGGUGACUUGGAAUUGCCUCUGUUGGAUGCGGACGCGUCCGCCUAUCGCGAAUUUGCCCUUCAUCCUGAAAAAGUAGGCAAGCAGCCCCUCGCCAAGAUCCAGGCGGCGGUGCGGCUGUCGCGGGCGGCGGCGGCGUUCGGUAAAAAAGGGCGGUCGCCGUUCUGA